AUGCCGAAAGGAGCGAAGAGUGCGGCGGUCCGGGAGGAGGAAUGGAAGGGGGAGAGCGAAGGAAAGGAGCAACCCGUGAAGAAGGGAAAAAAGGACCGCAGGGCCAAGAAAUCCUUCUUUGAGGAGCUGGCUGAGGAUCACCCUGCGCCCCAAAUCGAUGCCCCCAAACCCGCUGAAAAAGAGCCUUCAGCUCCCCAGCCAAGAAGAAGAAGGAGAAAAAAAAAGGGCGACGCCAGGGGGCGGAGCCUGAGCAGGAAGGGGCGGAGCUUGAGCAGGAACAGCAGGAGCCACGAGAUUGAAAACAUCUUCAGUGCGUUGAGUUUGGAGGAGGAGGAAGAGGAGGAGGAGGGGGGGGAUGAAGGAUCCCAGCCCCAGAAGAAGAAGCAGGAAGAGGAGGAGGACGGGAAGAGGAAGAAGAACCGGAAGAACGAACGGAACUGCAACCAGCGGAGGAACCAAUUCGCCGCUCUGCUUUCCAACGAGGAGGAGGAGCGGGAGGAAGAAGAGGCCGAAGGACCUGGAAGUCCCGCCCCUAAAACGGCCCCCGCCCCCGGAAGUCCCACCCAGAAAGCGGACCCCGCCCCCGGAAGUCCCGCCCCUGUGGAUGAGGUGGCAGAAGAGGAAAAGGAAAAUGGGGGGAAAAAGGGGCAAAUCAGCAAAAAGGAGCGGAAGAAGCUGAAAAAACAGCUGGACUACCAGCGCCAGGUGGCCACCAUGGCGGCGGCGGCGGAGGCCGACAGCGACUUCGCUGUUUCGCAGGCGGAGCUUUCGGCCCGCCAGGCCAUGCUGGAGAACGCGGCCGACAUCAAGGUCUGCGGCGCCCCAUAGAUCCCCCAGUGUGCC